AUUGUGACGAGUUAUUAUUGCAAAGCGCGAACUUGCCGAGACUUUGUUCGGUGGUCGUGGUAGCUUUUAUCAGCUCCUGUCUCUCUGGUUUACCGGCCGAUCGAUGCCAGCAGCUCUUUGAUGUGGGGAGAGAGGGAGCGGCGGCGGCGCUGAGAUUAACGGAGGCUGCUGCAGCAGCAGCAGCAGGCUGAGCGGACCCGCCGCUGAGACAUCCAGAAGAAACAGGCAGCUAGCGGGUGUUGGAGCAGCCCGGUGAAUAUGGAGAAUUACGCAAACCUUCCUCUUCUUUCUGGGAGAUUUACUGAAAGUGAGAAGGCAGCCAGCGUGACUUGGGAUUAGUCUGCUCACCACUGCAAAAAGAAUAGUGCCCUGUGAUGCAAUAACGCCGAUCUUCGCUUUCUUGGGGUCUGCGCCCUAUUGCUUUGUUGCCGCGGGUCUCUCUGAUGCUCACGCUCGCUACCUGGAUGAGAUUUGCUCCCCUUUGUUGCUGCUUAUAUAGUAUCAGAUAAAUUCCUUGCCUUGAUCAGCCUCAGCCGAAAGAAUGAUUGAAGAGGGUGGAAAACGAGGAAAGACAAUGGCAGAGAAGAGGCAACUUUUCAUGGAAAUGAGGACCCAGAAUUUUGAUGUAAUCCGACUUUCAACCUAUAGAACAGCCUGUAAAUUAAGAUUUGUUCAAAAAAGAUGCAACCUUCAUCUUGUUGAUGUUUGGAAUAUGAUUGAAGCCUUUAGAGAUAAUGGUCUUAACACAUUAGACCACAACACUGAAAUUAAUGUUUCUCGAUUGGAGACAAUUAUUUCUUCCAUUUACUAUCAGCUUAACAAAAGGCUUCCAACAACUCAUCAGAUUAAUGUGGAGCAGUCAAUCAGUCUUCUUCUGAACUUCAUGAUAGCUGCUUAUGACAGUGAGGGCCAUGGAAAGCUGACAGUUUUUUCUGUAAAAGCUAUGUUGGCCACUAUGUGUGGAGGAAAGUUAGUGGAUAAGCUUCGAUACAUAUUUUCUCAGAUCUCAGAUUCCAAUGGAAUGAUGAUAUUUACCAAAUUUGAUCACUUUUUGAGAGAAGUAUUAAAACUUCCAACAGCCGUAUUUGAAGGCCCUUCUUUCGGCUAUACUGAAUAUUCAGUACGAAUGUGUUUUCCACAACAGAAGAAAAUUGCUUUGAAUAUGUUCUUGGACACUCUAAUGGCUGACCCACCUCCACAGUGCCUGGUUUGGUUACCUCUCAUACACCGUCUUGCUAAUGUGGAAAAUGUCUUCCAUCCUGUUGAAUGUUCAUAUUGCCGUUGUGAAAGUAUGAUGGGUUUUCGUUAUCGAUGUCAACAGUGCCAUAACUACCAGCUUUGCCAGAACUGCUUUUGGCGCGGUCAUGCCAGUGGAACACAUAGUAACCAACAUCAAAUGAAGGAGCAUUCUUCAUGGAAGUCACCUGCAAAGAAGCUUAGUCAUGCAAUAAGCAAGUCUCUUGGAUGUGUCCCUAGUCGAGAACCUCCCCAUCCUGUGUUUCCAGAACAACCUGAAAAGCCUCUUGACUUGUCUCAUAUAGUUCCUCCACGGACAUUGCCAAAUAAUAUGAACGACACACUUGUUAUGUCAUCAGGAGCACCUACACCAACUAAAAGCACCAGCUUCACAACUGGUUUGUUGCAAAACAGAUUGAAUAUGGCCAAUCGCUUAGCUGAUGAACAUGCGUUGAUAUCAGUGUAUGUGAACCGGCUACAGAAUGGCAAACGUGUUCUUGAUAGCCCCAGUAGAUUAGAUGAAGAGCACCGGCUUAUAGCUCGGUAUGCAGCUAGGUUGGCUGCAGAAGCUGGAAACUCUACACAACGCCCUCAGGCAGAUCUUGGGUUUAACUUUGAUGCCAAUAAGCAACAAAGGCAACUUAUCGCUGAACUGGAAAAUAAAAACAGGGAAAUACUGCAAGAAAUCCAACGCCUGAGACUAGAACAUGAGCAAGCCUCACAGCCUACGCCUGAGAAAGCUCAGCAUAACCCAACACUGCUGGCUGAACUGAGACUUUUAAGGCAGAGGAAAGAUGAACUUGAACAGCGAAUGUCAGCUUUGCAGGAGAGCCGAAGAGAGCUGAUGGUACAGCUCGAAGGACUAAUGAAGCUGUUGAAGGAUGAAGAACAAAAGCAGGCAGCCCAAGCAGCUACCACCCCACGCUCUUCUCCAAGCCAUGGAGGUAGUCGCCCAAUGCCAAUGCCUGUCCGCUCAACCUCAGCUGGUUCCACGCCCACUCAUGCACCUCAAGACUCACUGGCUGGGGUUGGUGGUGAUGUACAGGAGGCUUUUGCUCAAGGCUCCAGAAGGAACCUAAGAAAUGAUUUGCUAGUUGCAGCUGAUUCCAUCACAAACACCAUGUCAUCAUUGGUUAAAGAACUUCAUUCAGUAGAUGAAGAUGGUGAGGAAAAUGAAGAAGAGAAAAUGCAAAAUGGUAAAGAUCGAGGCUCUGGACAAAUCAAGUGAACAUACAUCAAGAAUCCUUUAAUCCCCUUGGACAGUUACAUCAAUCCGUCACCGAAGAAACUGUCACCGGCCAUAGCAAUCUCACUGACGUUUUUCAGAGGAAUUUCUCCUUUUACCCAUCAGAGACCUAAAAGGUCCUGGAUGCAUUCCUUUCAUUAGGAAAUAUGCAUGUUUUUUUCUUUUUACAUUAUUUCUCAAUUUUAAAUGUUUCGAUGUAACUUUAUUUAAAUGAGAGAAGUUUUGGGUCUUCAUAAAAACAAAGAAAAAGCUGCAAUCAAAAAAUGUGGCACCAACAUUUAAUUUACUGUACUACUGAAGCUGUGACAGAGAUAUCUGGUUUUAUGUUUAUUUUUAUAUAUUUUUCCACAUAAUAUUGU